AUGGACACUGAAGGAUUUUUUGAUGCCGAUUCAACCUGGGAAGACUGUGCGAAGAUCUUUGCAUUCUCAAAUUUGCUGUCAUCUGUCCAUGUAUUUAAUCUUGUCAGAAAUUUACAACUGGAUUUUCUAAAACAAGUAGAAAUCUUUGGAACAUAUGGAGGUUACGCCAGGAGGUCUUCACAAGAAAAACCAUUCCAGGACUUAAUAUACUUGAUUCGUGAUUGGCCUUCUAAAAAACAGCACAGCUACGGAAUUGACGGCGGAAGAAAGUAUUUAUGCAGAUUUACUAAGGACGGAUCAACAGAGAUUCAAGAGAUUUGCAAAAGUAUAGAGAACGCUUUCCAAACAACUUCUUGUUUCCUUAUGCCGCACCCUGGAUUAGAAGUCGCUGAAACGUUUGAACCUUCGGAUAACAUAGAGAUUAGAGACGAAUUUCUGAAACAGGUCAAUACGUUUAUCAAGUAUUUAUUGUCUGAAGAUAACCUGACAGUGAAAAAGAUAGGCGGUCGUGAAAUAACUUGUCAAGAUCUACCAAAAGUGCUAACCGAAUACACCGAAUUAUUUGAAAAGAGCAAUGUUCCAGCACCGAAUGAACUAUUUAAGUUUAUUGGAGAUGUGUCGUUCGAAAAUGUUAUUCGUGAAUGCAAUGAUUUCUAUAACCGGAAAAUGAAUGAGUUUUUUACGGCACGCGGUCUUCAGAAUGGUAGUGCAGACUUGGAGCAGCUGUAUAACCUGCAUUCAAAGCUUUUUGACGAGAGUAUUGCUGCUGCCAAGUUAGAAAGAUUAUAUAACAGUGUAAAACCUGACGUGCUAGAAAGAUUCAAAACAAUGGUUGAAGGAAAAAGCUCUGAAGCUUCUCAAACCUUUCUUGAAGAAUUAAAAAAAAAUAUUGAGAAUGAUUUUGACAAGAUGAAAGGCUGCAUAGAGGAAAGCACUAGAAAUUUGGAAAAAGUAGUGAAGGUUUUAGAUGAAAGUCAACAGCGUUACGUGGAAGAAAUAGAAAUGGAGCUGAUUGAAUGUGGGUUACGAAGUGAACUUGCCGACUUAGGACAGCUCUACGACAUGCAUCAGAAAGCAAAAAAGAAAGAUUUUAUUGAAAUAAAGAAUUUACACAGCGAGAAAAAAAUUGUAGUUGAAAAGAAUUUUGAUGACAGAGUUAGAGAAAUUGCACGUGGUUCAACCGCAGCUUGGAUCGCAGAACUUUCAGAGCGAAUUGAGAGUAACUAUUCUAAAAUUGAAACCAAUCUCCGUCGUAAUCGACUGCAACUUUUAAAAAUCCUCGAUGUCCUUGAAAGAUGUGAGACAGAACUCAAGACGAAAUUUCAGCAAUUUAUAGAUUCUAAGCGCUGGAACAACAUCUCUGUUAACGACCUGAGGGAGGAAUAUAAUCGUCUGUGCGAAAAAACGUUGAAAUCGUUCAAAGACGAUCUGAAAAAAAUUGCUAAGGGUUCGCCAGAAAAAUGGACAACCUAUAUGAAAGGAAGACUUACCAAGGUUUGUGAAGGAGCUACCGAGGGUGCCAGAAAAGUGAAAAAAAGACGGCAAUAUCGUUUACUGAAAUUAACUGGUGCCACUGCUUGUGGGGCAGUUGGAGUAGGGUUGCUAUUCGUGCCCUUCUCUCCUGUUAUUGUGGCUGCUGGAAUAGCAGCGUUUGCUGGUGAGACUGGUUUGGUUGCAUCAGCUUUUCGAGACCGGAAAAAGGCGUGA